AUGCUUCGUUUAUCACGUGAUUCCGAUAUUAUUAUUCAUUUUUAUAAUCAAGAUCAAGAAAGUUUAUCAUCACAUAUAGAAACUUAUUUAACUGAAAUUCGUACAAUAACUCGAUUAAAUAAUAUUCAUGUUUGUUGUUCUUCAUCAUCAUUAAAUAAUUCUUUGAAUUUAUCAAAAUUUUCAUUUCGUGAUUAUAUAACUGAUAAUGUCGAACUUAUAUUUAAUUUAAAUGAUAAUAAACAAUCAAGAGAACUUGUUGAAAAACAUGAAGAACGAUUAAGUAAACAAGUUGAUAAAUUACAUGAUGAUAUAAGUGUUAAUGAAAUAGCUACGAAAUUUUAUCAAGAUAAUAAUGAUUUUGAAAAUGUUGAACGUGAACAACAUCGACGUGAAAUUUUAAUUGAAGAUAUUAAACUAACUCAACGAAGACAUGAUAGAUUUGUUGAAUUAGCUCAAAAACGAACUAUUGUUGAAAAAAAGAAUAAAAAUGAAAAAAAAUCAUAG